GCAAGGCUGGGGGCGGAGGUGUGGGGCCGCGAGGCGCGGGCCGCGCUCCAUUUUAAGGCCUCGGUGGGUUUCGGCGGCGCUGAGUGGCUCCGCCGGCCCCGCUGCCGGCUCCUGGGGGGCUAUAAAAGCCCCGGGGUGGGGCACGGGGCCGGCACCCGUUGGGUCAGCGUUUGGGGGGCUCGCAAUGGCCGCCGCCUUCCUCCUGCUCCUCGCCCUGGUGGCAGUCGCACAGGCGGAGGAGGUGGCCGAGCCGUGCCAGGGCGGCCCCGCGUCCUGGUGCCGCGACGUGGCCACGGCCAUCCGGUGCCAGAAGGAGCAGCAGUGCCGCCAGCUCUGGGACAGCCUGGGCACGUGGGAUGAGGACGAAGACGACGCGGCGCUGCCGGGCAAGGGGAAGAAAUGCAACUUCUGCAUCAAGGUGCUGCAGCAGCUGAAGAAGAUGGUGGGGGACGACCCCGAUGAGGACACCGUCAACGAGGCGCUGCGGAAGGUGUGCGGCGCCAUGAAGGGCCUGGGCCGGCUCUGCAAGUCCAUGGUGAAGAAGUACGCCGAGCAGAUCGCCGAGGCGCUGCAGAACGACGACGAGCCCCAGGACGUCUGCGCCGCCCUCAAGUUCUGCAAGGGCUGAGCGCCGGGCCCUGACCGCCGCCGCUGAACCCCGAAACCUGAAGGGGGGCCCCGAGCCCCACCGCCAGCCUCCACCUCCCCACCAGCCUCCCUCCCACCCCCUGUCCCCACGCAAUAAAGCAGCUUGUCCCCGC